AUGGGGGGUACAACUACUGUUAAGACAUUGGAAAAUCAUCUCACAGAAGAAAAGGACUCAUUUUCUGGUCUUCAUUUUGCUCUUCAGAAAGACAAUGUUGAUCAUAAUACUUAUAUGUCUAAUUCUAUACUUGCUUUGCAAAGGAAUUAUGAGGGCGAAAAUAAGUUGAUAGAUACAAUUGUUGUGAAAACAGAGAAGAUUAUGACUAUGAAGCAAGAAUUGAAGAAUGACGAUAAUGCCAAUCUUGUAAAGAUCGAUGAAGAACUGUGUUAUUUGAUGCUAAGUUGCAGCCGAUUCUCUCAAAGCUUAAUUCAUUAUCUAGUGUUUCGAGUAGCAGUGCUACUACACAACAAUGGAGAUGGGACUGAUAAUGAAAAUAUGAUGGAAGAAGAUUUGAAUGAAGAAAUUUCAACCUCAGAGCCUAUCAAUAUUAAAAAUCCUUAUGAAGUUCCGAAAAGAGACGAGAAACCUUAA